AUGACAGAUGUUCUCAUGGACAUCGUCGUGACGCGAUGAUGCUUCAUCGAAUUGAUUAUUUGAUUUCGCUCACUCGCUAGCCGGUUUUUAUUAAAUAAAAUUCAUAUUAACCACCGCAUUUUACAAAACUUAUAAACAGAAUCGAAUUUAUUGACUCAAGUGGUCUUUUGUGGUUAUAGUCAAUGUUUUAUUUAACGUGAAAAUAGUGAACAGCACCUCUGCAACAGCAUAAAAUGGCUCUCGUAAUUUAUGCACUUUUCUUGACUUUUUUAUUUAAAAAUACAACUGGUUUAGGCGAAAUUAUUUACGCUAUUAAUGCAGGAGGUCCUGCUCAUACGGAUAUAUACGGAAUUCACUAUGAAAAAGAUCCAUUGCAAGGAAGAAUCGGCACCGCAUCAAAUUAUGGGAAACAGUUGGUUAUGAUCGGACGUGUCAACCCCAAAGACGAAAUACUCUACCAAACUGAAAGGUACCACCAUAGCACCUUUGGUUAUGACAUUCCAGCAAAUCAUGACGGGGAUUAUGUUUUGGUGUUGAAAUUUAGUGAGGUGUACUUCAAUGCGCCUAACAUGAAAGUUUUCGACGUAGUCUUGAAUGGAGAUCACACCAUUGUUGCAGAUUUAGAUAUUUAUGAUAAGGUUGGCCGGGGUGUAGCUCAUGAUGAAUACAUACCAUAUUCUAUUAAAAAUGGAAAACUUUAUUAUAAUGAAGAAGAAUCGGACAUCAGGGGAGGUAAAAUUAAGGUGGAAUUUAUCAAAGGUUACAGAGAUAAUCCUAAAAUUAAUGCUUUGUAUGUCAUGAGAGGUACUAUUGAUGAAGUGCCUAAACUUCCACCUUUGGUUUGGCCAGAAAACGACACGGAGGAACAAAAAGAAGAAAUAGAAGAAAAAAGCACAAAGUCUAGAAGAGCCAGUGGACCUAAGCAGCCUGAUCCAUACUCUAUGGAUGACUUGUCCGUUCUUAUUCCAGUAUUUAUUACUAUUGGUGCUUUUAUACCUCUACUUUUUUGUCUUUGUAAACUAUAAUGUGAGAGAUUGCAUAACAUGAUUUGCAAAUGUGUGUUUGUAUGCUGAAUAGUAUAUUAUUUAUUGUGGGUUUUUAAUUUGACAAAUUUUACUGUAGAUUAAUAAUAAAUAUCUUGCAUAAAUUGAAAUAAACCUUAUAAUUUACCACUGUCAAAUAGUACAAAGUUAAAAAUUAGGUAUAACUGAAACCCGUCCUUCAUUAAAUACAUAUUUUGAACAUUAGACCUACUCUGUUUAGGACACUCUUAAAUUUGUUGCUGUAAAUAAAUAAUUAU